AAAAACCCGGGUGACAGCCGGAAGCGUGAGCAGCCGGGUCGAGUUUUGUAGGAAGAUUUAAACUAAACGGCUUUGUUUGGAAAAGACAACUGAGUUUUUAGAUGCUAAAGUGAACUUCCGGAGUGUCGCGGUGUUAUUUCAAGGUGUUAGGAUUUGUUUAUCUCGGCUAGCUGAUGGUUAACAGUCUUUAACAUGGUCUGUUGUGAUAUUAAACAACGGUAAAGUCGUUAUAAUAUGAAGUAUGCAAGUUUAUCAGCAUUAGAACUCCAUUAGUAGGAUGUAUCCGAUACUUUAACAGUAGUACAUAGUGUAAUAAUCUUUCUUUGGCCUCACCGGAAGUGAUGCUUCACUAGUAUUUAGGUGUUUUUUUAAAUUAAUUCGGGUUUUUAUUUUUAACCGUGGAGGUUGUGUAGUAAAAUGUUGCAUGAAGUUGAAUUUUCCUCUGUGUUAUUACUAUUAUUCACUCUUUUCAUUAUUGUUUUCUAUCUGCUAGGGAAGUAUCGGUUAAGUAAACACUUAUUUGUAAACAUCCCACCGGGUCCAAAACCACUUCCGGUUGUAGGGAACUUCGGCAGCGUGUUUGUCCCCCCGUUUGUCCUCAAGUUGUUCGUGCGGAAACAUGAAGAGGAUGAAAAAAAGAGAACACGCCCACUUUCCCCGCAGGUGGGUUUGAUGGAGUUGUCGAAGGUCUAUGGGGACGUGUACAGCCUGUUUGUGGGCAGUCAGCUGGUAGUGGUGCUGCAUGGAUACGAGGUGAUCAGAGACGCGCUGUCCAAUCACGCCGAGGCUUUCUCUGACCGACCGGACAUCCCUCUGAUCACCAUCCUGACCAAGCGGAAAGGCAUUGUAUUUGCACCUUAUGGCCCAAUCUGGAGAAAACAGCGCAAGUUCUGCCAUAUGACUCUUCGCAACUUUGGCCUGGGCAAACUAAGCCUGGAGCCCUUCAUCCAUGAGGGACUUGCCAUGGUCAAGGCUGAGCUGCUGAAGCAAAACCAGGAGGCAGGAGGACAGGGAGUGGACCUGAGGCCUUUGAUCAGCAAUGCUGUGUCCAACGUAAUCUCCUCAAUCAGCCUGGGCCAGUGCUUCCAUCACCAGGAUGAGGAGUUCCGCACACAGCUGAACCUCAUGGCCUAUGGUCUGGAGAUCAGCAUGAACAGUGCCGCCAUACUCAUCAACAUCUUACCCUGGCUUUACUACGCCCCUUGGGGUGUCUUCAAGCAACUCCGCCGAGUGGAGAGGGACAUCACGGCAUUCCUUAAGAAGAUUAUAGCCAGGCACAGGGCCACACUGGACCCCGAGAACCCCAGGGAUUUCAUCGAUAUGUAUCUGGUAGAGAUGUUGACUCAGCAAAAAACAGGAGGAUCAGAGGAGGAUGGAUUCUCAGAGGAUUACCUGUUCUACAUCAUAGGGGACCUGUUUAUUGCAGGGACAGAUACGACCACUAAUAGCAUCCUGUGGAUGGUACUGUACAUGUGUUUACAUCCUGAUGUCCAAGAGAACGUCCAGCGAGAGAUCGAUGAAGUGGUGGGACGUGGAAGGCUGCCGUCACUGACUGAUAAGGGCACGCUGCCCUACACCGAGGCCACCAUCAUGGAGGUGCAGAGAAUGGCUGUGGUGGUGCCUCUGGCUAUUCCUCACAUGGCUUCCAAGACCACAGAAUUCCAAGGGUACACUAUUCCUAAGGGGACAGUCAUUGUUCCCAACCUCUGGUCAGUCCACAGAGAUCCCACAGUGUGGGAGAAUCCAGAUGACUUCAAUCCAUCACGGUUUCUGGAUGAACAAGGCCAGCUCCUCAGGAAGGAAUAUUUUAUUCCAUUUGGAAUAGGUCGGAGACUGUGCAUGGGCGAACAGCUGGCGAAGAUGGAGCUCUUCCUGAUGUUCACCAGCCUGAUGCAGGCUUUCACGUUCCGCCUGCCUGAAGGACAUCAGCCCCUGUCCAUGGAUGGACGCUUCGGCCUCACGCUGGCUCCCUGUCACUUCAGUGUGUGUGUAACGCCACGCUAACCUGAAACACAAACAUCAUCAGAAAAUCGCAGAGACAGUAACGAUAACGUUUUCUUUCUGAGUUAAAGUGUCCUUAAAGGAACAUUAUGUAGGAUUUAGUGGCAUCUAGUGGUAAGGUUGAAGAUUGCAACUAAUUGAGUACCUCUCACUCACCACUCUCUAAGCAUAUAAACCCCUUACACUGACCUCAUAUUUAUGUUAGCUACCUUUGUCUUGGGGGACAAACGAACUUAUAAACUAGAUAGAACUCGACGCCAACAGCGUCGAUGGGGAUGCCUCCACCUGGUAGACUACACGCCUUAUUAAGUUGUGAUUUGGGGAUGGACAUUUGACCUCACAGUAAUCUUGACCUGUGACCUUUUAACCUCAAAAUCUAAUCAGUUAAUGUUUGUCCCCAAAUGCACAAAUGGUGAAAGUUUGGUGAAAUUCCUUUCAUUUGCCUUGGAGAUAUUGUGUUCACAAGGUUUUCGGACAGACAUUUGACCUCACAGUGACCUUGACCUUAGACCAUUUGAUCUCAAAAUCUAAUCAUUUAAUCUUUGUCCCAAAGUGCACAAAUGGUGAAAGUUUGGUGAAAUUCCUUUCAUUAGUCUUUGAGAUAUGGCGUUCACAAGGUUUGGGGAUGGACAUUUGACCUCAGAGUAAUCUUGACCUGUGACCUUUUAACCUCAAAAUCUAAUCAGUUCAUAUUUGUCCCAAAUGCACAAAUGGUGAAAGUUUGGUGAAAUUCCUUGCAUUAGCCUUUGAGAUAUCGUGUUCACAAGGUUUCGGGACGGACGCAUGGACAGACGGACAACCCGAAAACAUAAUGCCUCCUGCACCUUAAGGUGGCGGAGGCAUAAAAAACCCCACAUAUCAUUUGCUGAAAGAGAAGAGUAGGGAGGAUUGAGAAUCGAGCGACUGUGGUUUGUUUACACCCAACACUAAAACUUAUCGCGUCCUAGCAAACAUCACGAAGACCCCAAAAGUGCCGACUUACCCGGGCAAAAACGAUACAGGAUUUAUCUUGUAGUGUCCUGAUCCCCAGAUCUUUAACCCAGCCACAUAUAAAAAGAAAAGUUGUUUUCCUCCAUGCUCUUCCAGGUUUUCAUUUGUGUGUCCGUGUAGAACGAUGUCUGCAGCACCAGGUAGUUUGAGAUGUCGGGGAACUCAGCAGAUACAGUGGUGCUUGAAAGUUUGUGAACCCUUUAGAAUGUUCUAUAUUUCUGCAUAAAUAUGACCUAAAACUUCAUCAG